AUGUCGUGGACAACAGCUGAGCAGUCGCCCAAAAUCCUCACCCGGCCUCUUGGUCCCAGUGAAGUUGACCCUGGCCACACGAUUGGUCGUGAACAUUGGGCAGUCAACUUCACGGCCACCAUCAGUCCACGAGGGGCAUUCGCGGCAUUGUCAAGCUCACCCGGCCUUCUACCAACCCUCAUCCACUACAGUUGGUUAAAUCUACGAUUCGAGCACCCCAGUAUAGCUGCUCACCCAGACUCAUCCAACACUCACAUCGUCUGCACAAUUCCUAGCUCUGGAAACGAUCUUAGCGAAUGGGCUUCGCAGACAUUCGUUGUAGAGACUGACGCCGAGUCCGUCGACGAGGUCAUUCCUACAAUUGCGCCAGCUGCCGAUGCUCGACUGUACUAUUUGCCCCAAUCGAGUGAGCUGCUCCUGCACACCGCUCACUGGCGCAUGGAUGGAGUGGCUGGCAUGCUUCUCCUUGGCCAAUUGGUAGACCUGAUGGUCUCGCACGCCGACAAAUUCCUCUUGAACAGGCUGCCAGACCCAUUCGAUUCCUGCAAUUGGGGAUCGGAGGUUACACGGCUGACACCAUCCUUCGAAGACGCCGGCAACAUACCAUUCACCGUCAACAAGGCGCAGAAGGCUAUCGCCGACAGAUCUGUCGGCACCUUUGGUCUGGCGGCGGGCGCUCUCGGGGUACCUUAUACCGGGGACGCUGUGACUGUGCCUUCCGGCACGAGGGCGGUUGAACUCACUUUCUCGUGUGCUGACAAGUCUGCCAUUACGUCCGCCGCAAAAUCAUGCGGCCUUGGUGUCACAGCCGCCGUGCAUGCCAGUCUGGCCACAGUCAACUUCCGACAUGCGAUCGCCGAGCACCGUGGCCGCCACUAUACUAGCUCCAUUAGAUAUUCGCUGCGGCCAUAUCUACCCGAACAAUACAUGACCCCCGCGGUGGCAGCUGGGUUCUACUCGACCGUUUGGUUCGCGCGAGCCGACGCCUCUGCCAGCUGGGAGGAUCAUGCUCGCAUAUAUCAGGCGGAGUAUCGGAACGGCCUCAGCAAUAAUUUUCUCCAGGCCCAUCGGGAGUAUGCGUCCACUUUGAUCGGUGUGUUUAAGAACUUACCGACCCCGCGGGAGCCGCCCAGUGAGAUAGACAUCAGUAGCCUUGGGUUUAUGGAGAAAUAUCUAGAGCGCGAAUAUGGAGCCCCAGAGCGCGGAUUUAGUAUCGCACAUGUAGGCUACAGUGUGGAAAUGCUUUCCCGCGAAGGAGGAGUUUUUAUGUGGACAUUUCGUGACCAGUUAACACUAAGAUUGGUGUUUAACCAGGCUUUCCACACUUCGAAGCAGAUGACGGAGUUUUUGAGCGACAUUAAGACCGACAUAUUAACGCAACUGCAGGUGGACUAG